CCCCGGCUACGCCGCGCAAAAUCUCCCAUUCCUCGCCAAUCCACACAACACAGGGCGGCAUUCGUCAAGGACGGAUGGAAACUGUUCCUUGGGACGGUUGUGCACCGCCGUUUGUCUGCAAUCCUCCAGCGUACUACACCCGCACGACCACCGUCCAUGCCCAAACUGCUGUAUUCCUGCGUAUUGACAUUUUUCUGCGUUAGACUAGGUAGCAAUGGCCCCCACGAAGAGCACCAAGGGUAAGCAGACCGCGAAGGCGUCCUCGAAGGAUGCCAAAGCCAAGGCAGCGAAGAAGGCGGCGCUGCACGGUACGCACGCACAUGCCCCGCGCAAAGUGCGCCACUCCGUCUCGUUCCACCGCCCGAAGACCCUCCGUCUCCCCCGCGACCCCAAGUACCCGCGCAAGUCGAUUCCCCAUGUGCCGCGGAUGGACCAAUUCAGGACGAUUGUCUCGCCGCUGAACACGGAGAGUGCGAUGAAGCAGAUUGAGGAGCACAACACGCUUGUGUUCAUUGUUGACCUCCGGUCAAACAAGCGUCAAAUCAAGGACGCGGUGAAGAAGCUGUACGACGUGCAGGCCGCAAAAAUCAACACCCUCAUCCGGCCUGAUGGCAAGAAAAAGGCGUACGUCCGCCUGACGGCGGACCACGAUGCCUUGGAUGUUGCCAACAAGAUUGGCUUCAUUUAAAUCCCACCAUGGCGUCCUGCCUCCUCUCCUGUCGGGCUGUGUGCGCCGCUGCUUUGCUGCCUGUCCGCGUCUUCCUCGCAUCGAACCGGUGUUAUCAUGUCGUGUAUGCAUACCUCCAUGCCUACGUACGAAACCAGCUAUGCUAUACUUACCAUGAGAAAGUGAAAUCUUCUGGGUGUGUAUGAGAUCAUCGGCUUCGGCUUUGUGGCGAAAUGGAAGCGUUCGAGGCCUGCUGGCCGGUGAAAGCGCGGCUGGGAAUCGGCAGCGAACGACCUCGUGGAUACUACUUAGAUCGCCCUGUCCACACGCGUACGAGAGCGGUUGCC